AUCUGCCGACAGCGGAGCCGAGCAUUCCAGCACGCCGCCUCGGUGGCGAUAUACAUUCGUGUAGUCAUAACAAGGAGCGGAUCGGUAUUGGGUUUCACGUAUCGGGAGGUUCCCAGAGACUGGUGCGUCUGUGCUGACAGAGCAGAGCGUGAGCCGGUGAGGUGUGCUCGUCUUCGGUGCCGGGCGACGGGAGGUACAACAUCGGAACCACCGGAGAAGCGGCGCGGGUAUCUUCCCCGGAGUACACAGAUGGAGUCGACCAGGAGGAUGCAACUGACACUGGCAGCGCUCGCCAUCCUAGCGCAAGUGGCCUGGGGUCUGGACGCCUGGGUCAAGUUCAACUCGUUCUCCAACAGCUUCGAGGUUAAGCUGGGACGCUCCGACGCUAACGACAAGAUCGCCGCCUGGGGUUCCUUCCACAACGCCAUCAACGAAACUGGUUUCAGCUUUCUGGACAUCUACACCAACGAAGCGCUGCCAGACGAUCACCAGGCGUACGCGGCAGGAUUCCUGGAGGGCUACUUCACGCGAGACCUGAUCCGCAUGCACUACAACAACACGUGGGCCGACUACUGCAAGGACGAGGGUGCCUACUGCAAGAGGCUCUUCUCGUUUCUACAAGAGAAUCUGCAGUUUAUGUUCAAAAAUGUAAUCAUGUACCACAAGCACGUCCCUUACUGGCAUCAGGUGUACCUGGUACUUCAACAGCUGAAUGGUAUGGAGGACGGUAGAGUGGCAGACAGCAGGCAUUACUUCUCCUCCGAGUUCCACAUCAACGUCACCACCACGCUGCUGCUGAACUUACACGGCGACGUUCAAGACCUGGAGAGGGUCUUGAAGCGGCGCGUGCUGAGCAGGUCCGUCGGCGAAGGGUCGUGCUCCGCGCUGGUCAAGCUUCUACCCGGAAACAAGGACCUGUACUUCGCCCACAACACGUGGACCAAGUAUUCCAGCAUGCUGAGGAUCCUCAAGAAGUUCAGGCUGCCCUAUCGUCACACACCCGAUUCAUGUGCAAAUAUAGCGGGUCACACGACAACCUUCUCGUCCUAUCCGGGCAGGAUCUUCUCCGGAGAUGACUUCUACCUCAUUUCUUCGGGUCUGGCCACCAUGGAGACAACUCUUGGCAACGAAAACGAUGACCUGUAUCGGACAGUCAAGCCUCAGUCUGUCCUGGCAUUCAUCAGGAAUCUAGUGGCCAACCGACUGGCGGAAAAUGGCCAUGAGUGGACCGAGAUAUUCUCUUGGUACAACAGCGGCACGUACAACAACCAAUGGAUGGUGCUGGACUACAAUAAGUUCACUCCAGGAAAGGACUUGCAGGAUGGCCUCCUACACGUGCUGGAACAGCUACCUCAAUACAUCAACGUGACGGAUGCGACCGGCACGCUGCGUGCCGAGACCUACUGGGCGAGCUACAACGUGCCCUCCUUCAAAUUCAUAUUCAACGUCAGUGGAUGGUGGACACUGGUGGAGAAGUACGGCGACUGGUUCACCUACGACAAAACACCGCGGGCUCUCAUGUUCGCGCGUGACCACCGUAAGGUUCAAGACAUGGAAUCCAUGAUCAACUUGAUGAGGUACAACGACUACAAGAACGACCCGCUGGCACGCUGCAACUGCACGCCUCCGUACAGCGCCGAAAACGCCAUCUCUGCGCGUAGCGACCUGAAUCCGGCCGACGGCACUUACCCGUUCCCGUCUCUGGGACACAGGGCGCACGGCGCGACCGAUAUGAAGCUAACAAACUCGUCCUUGUUCGAGAAGCUCGAGUUCGUGUCUGUGAGUGGACCUACCUGGACACAGCAGCCUCCGUUCCGCUGGAGCACAUCCGGCUUCAAGGACCGUCACGAGGGCCAUCCUGACCUCUGGAAGUUUGAGCCAUUCAUUCAUCGCUGGCUCUUGAUGCCGCCGGAAGAACUCAAAUAUGAGAUCGAACAAACGGGCAACUCCGUAACGGAUGAAGAAAUUAUUAUUUUCUUUUAAGCACCACGAGCCGCUGUACCGAGCUGUCACCACUGUGAGCGUGCUGAACGAAAGCUACCGCGACGUUUAGUUUAUUCCCCUGAAGUCCUUCUUCUUAGACCCUAUGUGAAUUCAAUUGACUGACAAUGCAGUGGAAAAAGAGAAUCGUCAUAGGUUGCUUUGCAUAAAAUCUUGCGCCGAAACUAAGGCGCUGUUAUGUCUCAUUGACAUCGCGGAUACCAAAGAGUUCUUUCCCCCUUAAUUUAAACGCUGCGAAAACUAAUUAGGCUGUGGUUGCUUCGAAUUGCUACGUAAGUACGUUUUUUUUAUAAGUAGGUAAUGAACUGCGAGUUGUACUGUGAUGUAACGACAUCCCGAAAAGCUGGACCAGUAAUGUUCGCAUAGAAUUUAUUUCACAUUCGUACCACUUGUUUUUAAGCGGAUCUUAGCAAUUAAUCUAACGUGAGAUCCUUCCAAAGUUUCAUCUAAUGAGAGCUACCGCGAGCACGCUAGUUCAUUGCGUGGCUCGAACUCACGGCAAGACUGGGAACUCUUACGAAGCUGGUUGCUAGGUUGUGGUUGGCCGCACGUACAAACAUUAAACAGGCACUGCUCAGGUAUUUACGGCAUACAUAUAUGUCUGUCCAUGUCAUUGCUCAAGUGGAGUAUUAAAUAAGCCCAAGCAUCACGUUAUGCGACAUUGCGAUUUUCGAGUUUUUUUCAACUUUCGGUCUUCAUACGUGUUUUUCUAUUGUGUUCUCGCAUUGAGGCUUACCUUGUAUAAUCAUGUUGAAGUCCACAUGUUGGUAAUCAUUCGCUAUCUGUGUGCCCUUGUGCGUAUUGUACUGGAAAUAAACCAAAUAG